UGUCCACGUGUGUCGUCGUGUGCGCGCAUGACGGGCCUACGUUCAAGUGUGGACUGACAACGCCUAUAUUCCACAGGGACAUGAGCGACGGCGAUUGCUGCCGGAGACUGCUAGAGAUGCUGGCAUGUCUCGCUGUGUUGUUCUUCCUAUCACCGCUUCACCUAGCAUCUGGUAUGUGGUGCAGCAGCAGCAGUAUUGAGGUGCGAGACAGCGCGUUCGAUUUCAACGUCGGCGGUCUCUUUCCGCUCCGGCGUGGCAACCAGACUGGCACGCAUGGAAGUACUGCAUGCGAUGUCGUCAGUACUGCGGGCGUGCAGCAGAUGAUGGCGGCCGUCUAUGCUCUCAGGAGAGUGCGGGAGAAGCACGGGCUGAGCAUUGGCCUGCACGCUGUUGAUGCUUGCGGGGGUUCAGGCCAUCAACUCGCUGGUCUGUUGAGACUCAUGCAGCAGUAUGACGACGCAACGCAAUGCCGAUCUCACGCGACACCACACAACACGACCCGCCUCUUUGGCGUGCUAAGCAGCUACGUUGAUGACGUAACGAGUGACCUGCUCGAUACACUUAGACUGCCCAACGUCGCCUAUACAAUGACAGGCGCUGCGGCGAGUAAUGCUAUCAACAUGUCGGUAGAUGACAUGCAGUUCAGCUUCGACAAAGUGCAGGCGAUCGUGCAGCUACUGAAGAGCCUGAAAGUUCGACAGAUCACUGCUGUCUUCGUAUCGGCAGAUCCACUGCGGGCCGCCACCUACCGGAUGUUUCGGACACUAGCCGAGAGCGCCGGCCUGUGCGUGCGCGGCGUCUACGCUUUCAGCGACGACCCGCAAACCGACGAGCUCGCGAGUUUUUUCGAAACGCUGACGACAGACGGCGCUGCUCAGCAGGCUGUGCUGCUGUUCGUGAACGGCGCCGAGGCCACGCAGCUGGAGGCGGCGGCGCGGCGGAGUGACGCGCAUGCGCUCGCCGCCGUCACGUGGAUCGCGCUCGAUCGUCUGCCGAGCGUCGCGCGCCUUCCCGCCAGCGCCAUCGUCAUCGUCGGCGACCCGGGACGACCGCGCCCUCUAGCGGACGACUUCCGGCGGUUCUUCGUCGAUCGGCUGCGCGACCAGAUGCCGACGAGCGACGUCGUCCGGGAGUACGUGCGGGAAGCGUACGGGUGCCGGACAUCCGGCGACGGCGCCGACGCCAUGCACUGCAACGCGCAACAGUAA